AUGCCGCCUGAAUUUGACUCAAGUACUGGUACAUACACAGGAUGGUUUGCUCCUCCAACUAAUAUAGUGUUCGAGGACAACCAAGAAAAUAGGCUAAGUGCACUCGUGCUAAAUUAUGCUUUACUUGGUCAAACAUACGACUACACUGGAUAUAUGUGGAUUGAAGCAAGCAUAUAUUAUACGGAAGAUUCAUAUGAUCAAUCACUCGAAUUGGCCGAUUCGAAAUUCGUCAACUCUCUGGCAAUGAUGUCAGCGCACCCCCUAUAUGAAGGGCAAAUGUACGUAGCGAGAUACAGUCAAAGUGAGAGAUACAUGUUGAAAGAAAAUUCGUUGUCUGCUUUUGGCUUCCCAUCUGGCACAAUACGUGUACCUUACCUCACUGCUGAAUUAGAGGGUGGACCAUUGCCUAGUUCUUUUACUGGAUAUGGACGAAUGGCAUUUCAGCCUCAGCAAUUUGUUGUUAAAAUUGAGAUUGAGCAAAGAUCAAACACGGUUCUCGGUGCAAUUGGUUUGCUUGGUGGUAUAUGGAGCAUAGCUGCGAGACUGUAUGCUUUCCUGUUAGGAAGAGACACAAUACGUCCAUGGGGUUGCAUUCAAUAUUAUUGCUGCUGUUUUAUUCGACCAACACGUUCAAAGCUACGUAAAUCAUUCCCAGUCAUUCCGUUUCAAUCUUCCAAAGCAUCAUCAGAGUCAUCGUCAUCAUUCCAGUCAGAGACAACAGAAUUGCGAAAAAAAUUAGACGCAUUGGAACUGUUUAUCCAAGACUACAUAGCCGAUACAAAAUAUUUAGAUGGGUUGGAUAAGGGCGAAUAUCCAAGUCGGCUUAGUGCUUGGCUGUCACGUUUUGACUUGAAAAAGGGUGGACUAAAUGAAGCGUCUGGUGGUGUGAACGGAAAUGUAAUAAACGGAAUUAGCACGCAAAGAAUGUCGGAAGCACCAACCCAAACCGUAUACUAUCCAACAAGUUCGCCUAUUGCGCCUUCGUCUAUAACUGAAGUCUAUUCGGGGUCUUCACAUUCAGAUUCUUAUUAUCCCCAACCCGACACAUAUGCGAACCAGUUGCUAUACACGGCACCGCAGUUUUAUACUAGUGAUAAAUAA